AUGAUUUUACAACACAAAUUACAAUUAUCACAGUCAAGGACCUCAGUGCCCGAUCAUAAUAAAAGGUUUUUGAGAUCAUCCUUACAAGAACUAAACAGUUUCAAAGUUAUUAAUGAAACAAAUAAUUAUCUGGAAGAUUCUGAUUCAAAUUUAUCGUCGAGCAAAGAGGAUUCUCUUUUUUUGAACCAGAUUGAUUCUGAAUUAGAAAAAUAUAUUACAUCUGAAAGCAGUGCCAGUGCACCUUCCAUAAAGACUAAUUAUAUUAACUUCGAGCCCAAACCAUAUCCAAUAUUUCAAGAACAAAAUGAAUUGAAAGAUUUUAUACUAAUAAAGGAAGUUGGUCAAGGCGCUUUCUCAAAGGUUUUCCUUGCAGUACCUGAUCCUAAUGGUAGCAAAUCAUUUCUAAUAAACGAACAUCCACAGGUGGCCAUUAAAGUAGCCAAAAAAAAUAAUAAAGAGCGUGAAAGAAAUAAAACAGGAAAAGAAUUUAAGGUUAGUGCAAGAGAAGAUGUAAUCAAUGAAGUUAGCAUACAAAAAUCGGUCAGUGGGCUUUGUAGCAACAUUGCCCAAUACUUUGAUUUCCAAGAGUCUGAUAAUUUUUUCUUCAUAAUACAAGAAUAUAUUGCAGGGGGUGAGAUUUUUAAUCAGAUUAUAAAAUAUACAUAUUUCUCAGAAGAUCUCUGUCGUCAUAUUAUCACCCAAGUAGCUCAUGCGCUAAAAGUACUCCAUUCUCAUGAAAUUGUUCACAGAGACAUCAAACCUGAAAAUUUAUUAUACACUUCAAUACCAAUUAUAAAAGAAAAGGAAAGACAUCUUAGGAAAUCGGAUGACCAGAACACCAAAAUAAGUGAAGGAAGGUUCAUCAAACACGUCGGAGCUGCUGAAAUUGGCGAAGUAAAAUUGGUCGAUUUCGGCCUAUCAAAACAGCUUGUGAAUAAAGGAACGAAGACACCUUGUGGAACACUGUGCUAUGUUGCGCCAGAAAUUAUUAAUCAUCACAGAUAUUCAAAAAAAGUUGAUAUGUGGGGAGUCGGAUGCGUCCUUUAUACAAUGCUUUGUGGAUUCCCACCUUUCUUUGAUGAUGACUCUGAACAACUGAAAGAAAAAAUAUGUAAUGGUGACUAUGCCUUUCUUGAACCGUGGUGGAAUGAAAUAAGUAUCGAAGCUAAAUAUUGUGUCACAAGAUUACUCGAAGUUGAUGCCAAAAAAAGAUAUAGUGUAGAUGACUUCCUGAACGAUCCAUGGCUCAACUCGUAUGAUUGUGACAAAGUAACCAAUAAGAAGGUAGAAAGAGUGUCGAUAAGCAAGUAUGGUAAACCUGAAAUUAGUGAAAGAGAAAUAUUUUUCAGAGAGGUCUUUUCAAGAAGUAAUACGAUUCUCAGAAACAAAGAAAAACUUAAGCUACCAGAACUUCCCAACAAUACAACAAACAAUUUAAUCCCCCCUCAUUUUUCACUUAUGAGCGAUUACAGCAUCUUGGACUUGGAACUACAAAAUCCAAAUCUUUACAAUUGUUUCAAGAAAAAUCCUUCUCGCUAA